CAGGAGGGACAUCAACAGAUUCAGUGGAUGUUUUCUUUACCUCUCUAUCGGAUGUUUUAGCACGGCAACAUCAUGAGGGGGAGCGCAGAGGGGGUUUUCCUCUCUCCGCUGAGUGAGUGAGGAGAGAAGAAGAAAAGACAUCAGAGAAGAGGAGAGGAGAGAAACUUUCCUCGAAAGGAUCUUCUUGCUGAGACUAGACCAUGAGGCUGUGAAUCUUCCCUCUUACGGAGCUCUUCUUCCUCAUUAGCUGACCCCAUGUCUCCCAAACGUGGACCCCCCACUCGGAGCACCCAACUCUGGAUGCUGCUGUGCACGCUGCUCUGUGCUGUGGUGCUGGCAGGGGGCUCCACCCUGAGCCCAGAGGACUUACGGAGCACCACAACGCUGCCGGAGGACUGGACCGGGACCCCCAUCCAGCUGCAGCCAGACCUCCAGACUGAGAACCUGAUGAUCAACGAAGCACAGACUGAAGCACAGACUGAAGCACUGACAGAAGCACUGACAGAAGCACUGACAGAAGCACUGACAGAAGCACAGACUGAAGCACAGACUGAAAAACAGACUGAAGCACUGACUGAAGCACAGACUGAAAAACAGACUGAAGCACAGACUGAAGCACAGACUGAAGCACAGACUGAAGCACAGACUGAAAAACAGACUGAAGCACAGACUGAAGCACAGACUGAAGCACAGACUGAAAAACAGACUGAAGCACAGACUGAAAAACAGACUGAAGCACUGACAGAAGCACAGACUGAAGCACAGACUGAAAAACAGACUGAAGCACAGACUGAAGCACAGACUGAAGCACAGACUGAAAAACAGACUGAAGCACAGACUGAAGCACAGACUGAAAAACAGACAGAAGCACUGACAGAAGCACAGACUGAAGCACAGACUGAAAAACAGACUGAAGCACAGACUGAAGCACAGACUGAAGCACAGACUGAAGCACAGACUGAAGCACAGACUGAAAAACAGACUGAAGCACAGACUGAAGCACAGACUGAAGCACUGACAGAAGCACUGACAGAAGCACAGACUGAAGCACAGACUGAAAAACAGACUGAAGCACAGACUGAAGCACAGACUGAAGCACAGACUGAAGCACUGACAGAAGCACAGACUGAAGCACAGACUGAAAAACAGACUGAAGCACAGACUGAAGCACAGACUGAAGCACUGACAGAAGCACUGACAGAAGCACAGACUGAAGCACUGACAGAAGCACAGACUGAAGCACUGACAGAAGCACUGACAGAAGCACAGACUGAAGCACAGACUGAAGCACUGACUGAAGCACAGACUGAAGCACUGACAGAAGCACAGACUGAAGCACAGACUGAAGCUCUACAGACUGAAGCACAGACUGAAGCACAGACUGAAGCACUGACUGAAGCACAGACUGAAGCACAGACUGAAGCACAGACUGAAGCACAGACUGAAGCACAGACUGAAGCACAGACUGAAGCACAGACUGAAGCUCUGCAGACUCAGAGCAUCACCAGAAACUACACAGGUCUGUCCUGCAUCCCGAUCCUGCCUCCCCGUCGCGGCUCCUUCUACGUGGAGAGCGGCACCGGCACGUCCAUCGGCAGCGUGUUGGCCUUCUGGUGCAGGGAGCGGUACCAGCUGGUGGGCAGCGACAAAAUCUCCUGCUAUGUGAAGAACGGCAGGCCGCAGUGGAGCAACUACCUGCCUGUCUGUGAAGCGAUCCCCAGACCUGAGGACCGGGGUCUCAGAGUGGCUGUGUUGGCCUCAGUGGUGAGCGGCGUCGUCAUCCUCGCCAUGUCUCUGUCCUUCCUCAUCUGCUGCCUUCAAGAGCGAUCCGGUCGGGACCGAGCCAAGAAGGAGGGACGGAGCAGGCGCAGGGAGACGCGCUCCAGCCGGCGCAGCCAGUGUUGGCUGGAGAGAGAAGAGGGAGAGUGGGAAGCUUUCCCUCCUCCCAAGAUCUUCCACCUCUCCCAGAGGAUGAAUCCCCACCUGGCUCCUGACGGCCCCCUCUAUCUGACUGGAAGUCUGGGUGGAUAUGAGAACAGGGGGUACCAGAGGAGUCAGGAGAGUUUGCUGAAGGCGUCUCUUCCCGGACUCUACCGCUCCGAGUCUCAGCUCUACCCCCAUGUCGUCCUGCAGAGAGUCCCAACUCCCACAGCACCCUCCGCCCCGCUCUACCUCCACCUCCCAUCCUCCUCAUCCACCUCCACACCCGCCCACGCCGCCCCCUACGUGCAGCCACACCUCAUGGCGCAGUACCCUAUCCCAACCUACCCGCCCCACCCCAACCCUCACCAGACACCGGCGCCCAUCUAUCCCAACCCCAACCCGACACCACAGCGGCCAUGGCAGUAGCUCCUGGGGAAGAUGUUGAAGGGACACAUGGAGACUUCCUACUCCUCCUAGUUUUCUCCCACAGAAAGGAUGCAAUGUUCCCAGAGAGACAUAAAGAACAUGUGUAUAGCUGCAGUACCCUCUUUUACUGCAUGCUGCUUCUCCUGCAUUACGGACUAAACAGGAACUGAACACUACAUUUGUCUCUUUAAUUCUUACCGCUGCUGCAAUCUCUGCAAGAGGAGUUAUGUCGAGAAACUCCAAGAGAAAUGACAAGAAAGUUCCAAGUAGCCGGUCAACAAGGGAACACGGGAAGUUGGACUUGACUAAUUCUGGAAGGAUUUGAAGGACUAUGGCCGCCUCUGUUUAGGUAGCGCAAAUCUUUCAGCAGUAUUCAUUUUUUAAUAUAAAAGGAUCCCUAUUAGCCUUACUGAGGUCCACAAAUCUAAUCAAGACAUGUAAAUACAGUCUAUAUUUUUGCUUUAAGAAUUAACAUGAAUUUCUGAAAUCGGACUUGUGAGGUAACAAACGGUUUGGGGUCACUUUACAGAUCUUAUUAAUAAGUACUGAUACUUUCCCACACUGCAUGGAGAAAACAGAUUGGCGGGACUUAACACUGUGAUUUAAAUGCUGCUGUUGCUGCAGACUCUGAAUGCAAGUGUGUGCUAAUAAUACAGGGAUCGCUUUGAAAGGUCACCUAUUAUGCAAAAUCCAAAUGUUCAUAUCUUUUAUACAUAAAUAUGUGUCCCCUCUGUGUUAAGAGAUUCGGAAAGUUUCAGUUAUAUAAAAACCUGGCUGAAAAUGAGCUGAUCAGAUUUUGGCCACUUUGUGAUGUCAUAACGUUUUUUUUGGGUUGUCCAACCAUUAGCCAAUAACAAACCAAGGUAACACCCGUCCACCUUAUCACCUGAAUCUCCUCCUAGAGCACCAUUGUGAUUUUUUUAAACCAAUCAUCUUGCAGAGGGGCGUGGCCAGCAGCAGCUCAUUUGCAUUUAAAGCUACAGAAACAGAAUCUGCACUUUUGAAACAGUGCUGAAACCGAGGGGUUUACGGCAUGCUACAAUGAUCUGUUUGGUAUUUCGAGCCACAUCACAGACGUAGUGUAUAUAUCUGAGACCUAUAAUAUAUUGUUGAAAAAGAGUAUAAUAGGGGACCUUUAAAUGUAUCCUUUUGUUCUCACCAGAAUUGUGAACUAAAUGUUAAACAAAUGUUGUUUGUACUGCCACGACUUAUUCUGUCCCAACUAUCUAUGGCAAAAGUUUGAUUUAUGUUUGGCAAUUAACUGGUAAUGUGUUCAGAAUUUUGAAGAAUAAUUACAACUAAUUAACACAACAUUCUUAGUUUAAAGGCUGGUUUGAAAAGGAAAACAUUUGAAACAUCUUGUGUGAUGUAACGAGGGUUCUCUGUAAGGAGGUCCGACCCAGAAAUGCACUGAUGUUUGAGCAGCGAGAUAAGAAACGAGUGUGGACCUAUGUACUCUGAUACACUUGAAUUAUUUAAAAAUGUCAGCUGUAGUUGUGACCAUUUACAUGUAUCUGAUAUUCCCUUGCUCUACUGUAUCUACAUGCAUUCAUAAACUGUGUCCAGGCUCAUUCCAGCUGUAGGCACACUAACAAACUGCACUUUACAUUUUUUGACGGGGGGAUUAAACGGCUUUCAUAAAUAAUUGACUGUUAACUAUUUGUAGUAUUAUAAUAGGACUGCCAUGCAAGCUGAAUAAAGAGACUUUGGUUUAGUUGAACAGUU